AUGUCUAAUCAACGAUCAAUAUCUAGUGAUGAAGAUUUACUUCUUCAAGAUUUUAGUCGAAAUGUAACAACAAAAUCAUGGGUUUUAUUUAGUGGUAAUGCUGCAGUUGUAUCAGCUAUUCCACUAUGGUUGUUCUGGCGUAUUCAUCACAUGGAUUUUUCAUCAUAUUUCAUUCAUUUUAUUAUUGGUACUGUCAUUAGCACAUAUUUUCUUAAUUUAGCAUAUCAAAAUAUGAAAUUUAUUUUAAAACAUAAAAUUGCACAAAAACGUGAAGAUGCUGUUAGUCGAGAAAUUUCAAAAAUUUUUGCUAAUGAUAAAAAUGCAAAUAAAAAAGAUAAAGAUGAUCGAAUUUUAGCACGUAAAAAUGAAGUAGCCGAUUUUGAAGCAACAACAUAUUCAAUUUUUUACAAUAAUGCAUUCUAUCUUGUUUGUCUUAUUAUAUUAUCAUUUUUUGUUUUAAAAAAUUUUUCACCAACAGUUAACUAUUUAUUUUCCGUUGGUUUAUCAACUGCUGUUGUUUUUCUUUUUUCUACUGGACAAAAAUAG